GACUCGAACGGCCUCAAAUCCAUCACGUGUUGCCUAGCUUGCAGCCUUGGAAUUCAAGAAGCCCACAUCAACCAUUACAAGCCCAGGGUGCUAAACGACACCCCUACCGAUUGACCAUCGACACGGCGUCUGAACUGUCUUGAGGCCAUACCUGCCAUCCCUCCUUCCUCCUGCUUGAUUCAAAUUCUUCCGAGUACACUCAAAACGCCCAAUUUGCAGGGACGUGACGGCAGCUCAAUACUAGCUGAGCAGCAAAUACCCUGUUGCGCAGGGAAAAAUCACAAGUGUCACACACCAGCUGGCAAGAUCAAGAUUCAUCUAUAUCCAUUUUUCCUCCGGGCCAUAGCUCGAAAGUGAACACAUAGACCAUGGCUUACAACUACGGACCGCCUCCCCCGCCUCCGGGACCGGCACCGCCCAACAACCCGCCUGCUGGCUACCCCGCCACCUAUGGCCAGUCGCCUUAUCAACAGCAGCAGCCCCAGCCGGCUGCUCCCCAGCGCGGCACUUAUGCUGGACGAGGCCGUGGUGGCUCAGAUCGUGGCGGUUACCACUCUUCUCAUUCUUACGGAUAUGGCCAGCAACCUUCUGCAUACGGACAGCAGGCGCCCCCGGCGAGCCCGUAUCCUUCACAUCAGCCCCAGCCCCAGCCGGGUGCCUACCCUCCGCCACAACAGCAGUGGCAUUCAGAGCAGCAUGGCCAGCAUACCCCGCAACAGCCUCCUGCCCCUCCCCCUCCUCAAGGUUACGCGCCCAGCUACGGCACACAGUCCCAUUACCCCCAGGCUCAGCAGCCAUACGGCCAGCCCGCAUACUCACCCGCGCCACAAACUCCUUACGGCCCGGCGUAUGCUCCCCCCGCACCGCAGGCUAGUCCGCCUCCCCAGCCGUGGGGCAGUCACCAUCAGUCGCACCCCCAGACCCCUUACAACACCAGCAGCCGAGGUGGAAGAGGCUCCCAUAGUGAUCGUUCUGGACCCAAGGGCCAGAUGAUGGGACCUCCUAUCAGAAUGGGAUUUGAUGGCGCACCUGCGCAACCCCCCGCUCCGGCUCCGUAUCCGCCGCAGCCAUAUGGUGCACCUCACGGGGCGCCUUAUGCUCCUGCGCCAUACCAGCCCUAUCCGCCUCCUACUACUUACAUACCGCCAGCACAUCCCGUCUAUGAUGGUGCUCCCGCCGCAGGCGCGCCCCGCCAUGGACGUGGUAGUCACAACAACGGCCAUCCUCGCCAUCGUCCUCAGUUUGGUGGUGACAAGGUCCGCGGCCGAAAUGGUCAUGCUGGCGGCCACAACAGCCGCGGUGGGAAGGCUUUUAGUCCCCCCGCUCACCAUCAGAAGCACGACCACUCUGGUGGAAAGAAGAAAAAGCGCAAGACCAACACUCUAGGUCUUACUCCGGGCGAUGAGUCCGACGAGGACGAUGAGAAUGAAGAGGAACGUCUCAAUGAGAUGAUUGGUGCUGAUGCUCCCAAUCCGAUCACCAACGAGGAGCUUGCUGCUUGGAUCGCCGAGCGCCGGGCCAACUUUCCAUCAAAGGCCAAAAUUGAAGCCAAGAAAGCUGCUGUCAAGGCACAGACUGCUGAGGCAAAGGCCGCCGACGAGAAGGCCUCUCUUCUUAUGAGGCAAGAACAAAAGGCGGAGAAGCUCCGCAAACAGUUAGAAAAAGUCGAGUCCAGCAUCAAGCGGAAGCGCGAACAGCAGGACGAAGGCGACGAGAUGCGCCAGUCAGAACCCUCAUCUCCCUCAACCAUCUCAAAGUCUGACGACGAGAAGCCAGAAGUCUUGUCUACUCGUCCGGAAGAGAACGCUGUCCCCCCUGUGGCCAGGAAGGCUGAUCAGUCGAAGCACUGCAAGUAUUAUUCGACUGGAGGAAACUGCGGUAAGCGGGGCAAGUGCCGUUUCGUCCAUGAUCCGAAUGAGCGUGAGAAGGCCCUGAGAGAGCGCGAACUAAACGGAGGAAAGAUGACCCUCCAGCAGCGUUUGCUCCUGAACGACAAGGAGCAGGAAGAUUUGUCAAUUAUCCAGGCCUUGAAAUACCUUCAAGACAAGGGUGCGUAUAAAAGAAAGAGCGCAUCGGAUCAAUCAAGUGGCGGUGCGACGUCAAACACCCAGCCUCAGCCUACAGGGCCUGCAUCGCUCCCGCCGAACCCAUUAUUGAAGAGGGAAGCGGGAAGUGGUCUCCCAAGCAUUCCUCCCCAACCUGAAGCCCCCAACGCAAACGCGUCGGCGUCCAAGUAUCCGGGAUGGAAUUUGAGCGGCUUCGGCAAUACGGGCGUGCGACCUAACGACAAAUAGGUUCCUCUUGUCAUUCGUCGGAACCAAGCGAGUCCGAAAAAGAACCGCCCGAGUGUCUUUCGAGAAAAGCGAAAAAAGGAAUCAGUCUUUCAUUUCAUCUUUUACUAAACAACAUCACGUCCU